CAACUGGGCAGAACAGAGGUCUAAAAGUUUGCAUGCACCGGCAUUAAUGGCAAAUCAAACUUCUAUGAAGAGAAAAUCGAAAAAGGAAGUGGGGGCAUCAUCUAAAGCAAAGGGUGCAAAAACUCAAAAGAAGAGGGAUAGAACGGUUGCCCCCACCCAUUUCUCGACCAACACUACCCAUGAAUGAUUGUUCUAACGUUCAGUCAACUCAAGAGGAAAUCAGAUCACUUGAUUUACCAAAUAACAGUUAUGUACCUCCAACUCAACCAUCCACAUCAAAUGUUAAUCAUGAGAAGGUGCAACCAGAUGAGGUUCCUGGAUUUGAAGAGUUUUCAUCAAAACCUCCGGAGCAACUGUUAAGGAGAUCCAUAUGAAUUUCUACCAAGGAUCCACCCCACCCCCCCAAGAGAAGAAAGGUUGCACAUCCAACAAAAAAUAAUGUGCCCAAAGCCACACAACCAGAUGAGCAACCGAAUCAGCCAUUUCAAACUCCGGAUUCACAACCACCACAAGUCGAUAAUGUAUCUGGUGUUCCUCAUAAUACAGUUUUCGAAGAACAAUUUCGGACAAUGCAGGACUUGAGGAACUGAAGGGUCACAUGAAGUCUAAUGACAAUGGUGGCAUUUCUAUGCCACAUAUAGUGGAUGAUUCAGUAGACAAAGGUAAUGUUGAUCCACAAUCCACUUCUGAUCAAUUCUUCCAACAAACCAUUUCACCCAUACAAAUGGAUUUUGCAACUGUUGAUCAUGAUGUUGAUGCAUCUGCUGUGGAGGUUGAAAAACGACAUGUUAUCGAAGAAAAUGUUGCAAAGAAUGAUGAGACAUCCAUUAAGGAACAUGCAAUGAGAGAUUCAACAGAUGUUAUACCCACAGCACACCAUAGUCAUGUUCCGAUAGAAGAGAUUGUUCAUAAUAAAGAACUGGUAAGUAAAGAGUUUUUGAAUUGUUAUAAUCAAUUAUUUUUGAAAAAAAAUCAAAAUGUUGUGUAAUAUUCUGUUUAUUAGGAGGAUGCAGGAAAUGAAGACCCCCAAUUACACACAAAAGUAUUAAGCGGUGAUGAAGAUGUUGCUAAUACAAUUCAACAAGACUUCGAAAAACAUGCUUCAAAUCCAAUAAUUGUUGAUACAUCGGUCUGAUUCUAAAUUGUUUACUGAAAAAUGUCAACAGUUGCGUAUGUAAAUUGUAAUAUUUUGUUAUAAUUCCCUGAUAUCAUGUAGGAUUCUACCACAUCGGCUUCUAUUUCAUCUAGCACUGAAGCAGUCAUAGAUGCAAUUGUCUACAAACUUCCAAACGAGCCAAUUAAUGUCGCACCACUGAGUGUAAUCAUUCCUCUACAG